CAAAUCGCCCAGAGUUGCUCCCAGCUCAGAGUUUGGAGAACUGGCACGCCGACGGAUGCGCUUCCAGGUCCAAGGCCCGGUCCUGGCUUGGGUGCUAGACAAUGAGCCCUAUUGAGCUCUGCCCCCGUCGCACUGGAGAAAGUCAGUGCGGCGCGCAGACGGCAGAUCCCAGGGCGAGCUGACGCAGUUAUAGAGGCCCGCGUGUCACCAGCUCCUGGCAUCCUCGCGCUUUUCUUGCACGCGUGGCCCAACCGUCACCCGAGCAGCGGAUGCUUGGAUUCGGCCACCUCCACCGACGUCUGAAACACCAGAAGCUGAAACCCGGCUGAAAGCUACCGCCCGCCCGCGCCUCCCCGCAUGGGCAGCUACCUGGGCAAAGCGGGGUCCUCGCCGCGAUCCCCAGUACAGGGGCGCGCAGACGCACGGGAGAAGCCUGCGACCCGCCGACCGGCAAGACCCCUCUACCAGGUCCACCGGGUGCAGCAUGUCCACCGCGCCCAGCCCGUACGGCGACACAGGCCGGCCCGGAGGCCGCCAAACUGGGAUCCAGCCAAUCCCGCCGCCUUCGUCAGUGAAGCCUGGAGGCGCUUUCCCAUGAAGAGGCCGCAGAACCCCAUCAUGGGCUCUCUUCCUUCAGACUGGUGGGAAAGCUACCUUAAGCGUAAUAUUUGGUCCCUUCGUCAUCCUAGGGCCACAUGGAGUCCAGUGACAGUCAAGAUCUCGCCUCCUGAGCGGAGACCACGGCCCUUAUUCUCAGCCUCAAAAGCGGUAAACUGCGCGGGACCCUCAGAGGAGCCACCAGGCGGGUGUGAGAAAGACCCGGUGCUGAAAGCCCUCCUGGAGUGCAGGAAGGGGAGAGCUAGGUGGGAAGAGCCACUGUUCCCUGACAGCUCGGACAGUAAAAGGAAUUCCGCCUCUCCUUGGUCCGCCUUUAAGCCCCUGUUGAAAAGUGGGGCCACUGUUACGUUUGUGGCCAGGCCUGGGUCUCUGAAACGGCGCCUCCACGCCCAGAGCUCAGAUCAUAAACGUAAGAAGUCUAAUUGCUCCUCUGUGACCUUCUUGGCUAACAUAUGCACACGCGGUCCCUCCAGCACUAAAAGAAAUGCUAUUACCAGCUCUUACAGUUCUUCCAGAUAUCUCUCAGAGUCCUGGAAGAGACAUUUUUCCAGGAUAUCGGUCCAGACUCCAGAAUGGCCACUGAAAAAGACAGGGAAAAGUCCUAAUUCUCCCUCAGUUAUACCCAGCAACUCUGGGCAGCCGAAUGGGGAGAUUCCUCCACUGCAAUCUGGUCCUAGUGACCUGCUGACCACACCUUACCAGCAAGACUGUGUUGUCACUGAAGAGGACCCGACCUUAGAGAGGCAAGUUGGGCCAAACAACCAAACCACAGAAGCUACAACUGGGACCUUCGAGGACACCAUUCCUGAGACCAGCGCUGGUAUACGGCCUCCCUUGUCUCUCAGUUGGCCUUCUGAGUCAGUACUCAGUACCCACAUGAGGCCUCAGCCGGAAAGUUCAAAGAACAUGUCUGUACCACAUGAGUGCUCACCGUUAGAGCACCUUCAAGGCAUCUCUUCAGACUCCAAACCCUCAACUGCUUCCAUCCAGGUGUCUCCAAGCUCUCCCACAUCACCAGUCACUGAUUCCAACUGGCCAUCUUCAGUCCCUCAGGCUUACAGGAAAAAGUGUCUUUUUGGAAGAUGGAGCUGGACUUCAGAGACCAAGAAAGCUGCCUUGAGUGGGGACAAGUCUCUUCUGUGACUGUCUGCAAUGACUCCAAGAAGAAUACAUCUCUUCUUAUUAUCUCUCUAUUCAACUUCCUUUAAUGUAUUAUCUUGAGUAGGUGGACAAGUCUGGUACUAACAGAGUCUAGGAGUAGCUCAGAGACAACAUCCUGGAGUCCCUGGAUAAUAAAGAGUCAGGUUAUUCUGGGGCAUUCGUGGGGUAGGGAGAGUGGUUAAGACUUUUAACAUUCAUGGUAAUGACAUCCAUUUACAGAUACACAAAUAUGAAGAAACAUAAACAGGCACCAAACAAUCUCCCUCUCUUCCUCUCCCCUUCUCUCUCCCUCUCCUCUCUACCCCCUCUCAUGUAUGUAUUGCUAAGUAUUGAACUCAAAACUUAAGAAUGAUAAGCAAGUGCUUUAUAGUUAUUUUAUCCUUUAAUUGUUCAUUAAAUUUGAUAAUUUUUGAGCUGA